CAGCCAACGAGGCGGCGCAGCUGCCGAGCCCCCGCCCAGGAUCCCCCGGCAGCCCAGGCGCAUCUCCAGUCGGCGCGCACAGGCCCUGGCGCCCCGCCGGCCCGGGCGUGCCGCCCUCGGCGCGGAAGGGUGCUGCGGCGCUGCCCCGCAGAGGCAGCACCGACGCCCCGAGCUCUGUGCGCGGAGGCAGCCGGGAUCUCUGCCAGGCCGUCGUGGACGAGCUGUGCGCCCAGGGCCUCGUGCUCGAGUCCAGAGCUGGGCUGGUGCGGGACCGCAUCUCCAGGCUGGUCGCCAGCGUCAGGCAGGGCCGCGCAGCUUCGACGGAGAAGCUCGGGAGGCUGCAGAGCGAGGUCGCGGAGGCACGGGCGCGAACCGCGAUCGUGCGGUCGCAGCUGGCAAGGGCACAGCUGGCGCAGGCACAGGCAGAAAAGCGCGCCUCGGCUGCGGAUGAGAAGUGCACGCGGGCGGAGCUGAGGGCAGAGAAGGCUGAGACACGGCUCAGGCACGCUCAGGACUCUUCGCUCACGUUGAGUUGGGGUGACAAGACUGUCGAGAUCGGUGCAGGCCGUGGAUGGCGAGGUGGCCCCGGCAGUCCGAAUGAGGGGGGCCCUAGGCAGCCGCCCAAGCCGGAGGCCGAAGGCCUCCCACCUGGCAGACGCCAAGGCCUUCGCAGCAAAACCCCGCCGCGAGAGGAUGCCCGGAUCCGCGCUUUGCAGGAAAAGCGGCGCGAGCAGGAGGAGAGGCUUUGGCAGGCCGAGAAGGAGCUGGAACAGCUGAAGGCGGGGCGGCCUGCCGUUCACCCACAAGGCCUCUAUGCCGAGUCUAUGGAGCCCUCCGUGACUCGGCAGGCCACGCAGAACGCGGAGCUCCUCCAACAGCGGCUUCAAGACGCAGAGUUGCGGACACACGAGGCCGAGCGACGCGCUGAGGAUGCAGAGAGGCGUUGUGCCAGCCUCCAGCAGCACGCUGACGCUGGGCUCGCCGCGAGGGUUAUGGAGGCACGCUUGCAGGAGGCGGAGCUGUCCGCCCAGGAAGCGGACCAGAGGGCGCAGGCGCGCGCUGAGAGCGCAGAACGCCUGGCGCAGCAGGCCAGGGAAGCGCAGGAGAGCGCAGAGCGCCGUGCGCGGGACGCCGAGCAGCGCGCUGCGGAGGCAGAGAGGCGUUGCGCCAGCCUCCAGCAGCACGCUGACGCCGGACUCAGCGCAAUGGCCACAGAGGUACACUCGCUGAAGGGGCAGCAGGACCAGAGGGCGCAGGCGCGCGCUGAGAGCGCAGAACGCCUGGCGCAGCAGGCCAGGGAAGCGCAGGAGAGCGCAGAGCGCCGUGCGCGGGACGCCGAGCAGCGCGCUGCGGAGGCAGAGAGGCGUUGCGCCAGCCUCCAGCAGCACGCUGACGCCGGACUCAGCGCAAUGGCCACAGAGGUACACUCGCUGAAGGGGCAGCAGGACCAGAGGGCGCAGGCGCGCGCUGAGAGCGCAGAACGCCUGGCGCAGCAGGCCAGGGAAGCGCAGGAGAGCGCAGAGCGCCGUGCGCGGGACGCCGAGCAGCGCGCUGCGGAGGCAGAGAGGCGUUGCGCCAGCCUCCAGCAGCACGCUGACGCCGGACUCAGUGCGAAUGCCACCAUAGAGGCACGCCUGCAGGAGGCCGAUACUCGCGCGCGCCAGCUCAGCGCACAGCUGCAGCAAGCCAAAGGGCGGGCGCAGGAAGCAGAGAUGCGCUUGGAGGACACACGGAGGCAGCUGCUGCUCACCGAGCAGGCGGCCUUGGCGCGGAUGCCUGCUGGCGCAGGGGGCAGCCGCCUUGACGCUGCCCCCACGAGCGCGGCAGCCGAUUCGCAGGCAGGCCUCCAUCAGGCUGGCUUCGUCCCGACCCUGGCUUCUGGGGCGUCUUACGCCUCAUUGGUCGAAGCCCCAGGCAGCGCAGAAGGGCAAACGCAUGUGAAAGAGCCUCAAUGGGCAAGGGGCGAGCAAGUCACCGAUCCGCUCGCCGACAAUUUCGGUAGUCAGUUGGCGGACAGCUUCCACCGGCAGCGUUUCCAGGAGCUGCUUCGGCUACUCAUGUCGGCCUGGCACAAGGACGCUCUGGAGGCCCGCGCCGAACGAAAGAGCGCAGAGCAGCGACAGGAGCUGGAGAAGUUGAAGCAGUCCCAGCAGCGAAAGGGCGAGCAGGCCGCCGAGCAGCUGGCGGAAAGCUUCCACAGGAAACGCUGCCAGGAGCUGCUGCGGCUGCUGGUGUUGGCCUGGCACAAAGAGACUCUUGAGGCCCGAGCCGAACGAAAGAGCGACGAGCAGCGACAGGAGCUCGAGAAGUUGAAGCAGUCCCAGCAGCGAAAGGGCGAGCAGGCCGCCGAGCAGCUGGCGGAAAGCUUCCACAGGAAACGCUGCCAGGAGCUGCUGCGGCUGCUGGUGUCGGCCUGGCACAAAGACACUCUUGAGGCCCGAGCCGAACGAAAGAGCGACGAGCAGCGACAGGAGCUCGAGAAGCUGAAGCAGUCCCAGCAGCGAAAGGGCGAGCAGGCCGCCGAGCAGCUGGCGGAAAGCUUCCACAGGAAACGCUGCCAGGAGCUGCUGCGGCUGCUGGUGUCGGCCUGGCACAAAGACGCCUUGCAGGCGCGCGCCGAUAAGAGGAGCGCCGAGCAGCAGCAGGAGCUGGAACGGCUGAAGCAGUCCCAGCAAUCCCAGCAGCUCAGGGGCGAGCAGGCCACCGAGCAGAUGGCAGAAAGCUUCCACAGGAAACACUGCAGGGAGCUGCUGCGGCUGACGGUGUCGGCGUGGCAUAAGGAGGUGCUCACGGCAAUGGCGGAAGAAAAUUUGAGGAAGGCCAGCCAAGCGCAGCGGGUCAAGCUAGACAAGUUGCAGGAUACCAUGCGGGAGCGUGGUCAGCAGUUGUCGCUGGCAAUGGUGGAGUGGUUCAAGCAGAAGCACGAUGCACAUCUAGUGCGCGUCGUGAUCGCCAACUGGCACAAGGACACGCUGUCGGAGGCAACGAUCAAACGGCAGCGCGCUGCGGAGACGCAAUAUCGGAACGAGAUGGAAAGAAUCAGGAGUGAGGAUCAGAGGAAGGGGACCAUCGGAUCGCAGCGCAUGGCGGACAGAUUUCACAAGAAUCACAUGGAGGCUGUCUUGCUGGAGGUGAUAGCCGUCUGGCACAAAGCCGUGCUCGUGCUUGCGGCAGAGGAUCGCGAGAAUCGUGCCCAAAGGUUGGCGCAGCGGGAGAUGGAGAUGCUGAAGCGCUCCCAAUUGCUAAAAGGUGAGCAGGUCGCAGCGAAGUUCCAGAGGAAGCAUGAUGAGGCAGUCCUCCAGGCUAUCCUACUGGCGUGGCGCAAUGAGGCGCUCACAGCCGCGGCUCAGAAGAGGCAGAGGAAGGCCAGCCAAGUUCACCGUGUCAGGCUGGAGGAGAUUCAGCAGACCAUGCGUGACCGCGGGCAGAAGGUGUCCCUGGCGAUGGUGGAUUGGUUCAGGCAGGGCCAUCAGAUCAACCUGCUGCGCACGGUGAUCAUUUACUGGCACAAAGACUCGCUGUCGGAGGCUGCGGUCAAGCGGCAGCGCAGGGCGGAGAAGCAGCACCGAGACGAGAUGGAGCGACUGAGGCACGAGGGGCGCAGCAAGGGGGCCGUCGGGUCACAGCGCAUGGCAGACAGAUUCCACAAGAGCCACAUGGAGGCCGUCCUGUUGGAAGUGUUGACCGUCUGGCACAAAGUCGUGCUAGCCGCUGCGGCAGAGGAACGGGAGAAGCGGGCACGGCUGCUGGCACAGGAGGAGAUGUUGCAGAUGAGAGCGCUGCAGCGCCAGCGGGAUGCUAGGACCGUGGAGCUCGUGUCGACGCAGCUGAGCAGGAGGCACUGCGCGGCUUUGCUGGUGGAUAGCAUGGCCGCUUGGCGCAACGUUGUCGUCGCCAGAGUGGCCCAACAUGAGCAGAGGAAGUUGCGCGCCCAGCACGAGAGCGAACUGGUUGGAAUUAACCGGAAGAAGCAGAUUGAGAGGGAUAAAUUAAUCAACAUGUUGUCCAGGAUGUUCACAAUGCACCAGAAUGUCGCGGUGAUGUUGAAUUUGUUCAGCGACUGGCGUGCCACUGCGGCCGCAGCUGUCCACGAGCAUCGCGAGCGCGAGAGGAAGAGGCAGCACGCCAUCGAGAUCGAACAGCAGCACAGGCAGCGACGGCUCGCCGCAGAGAGCGCGGCGCAUACGACGUCCAGCAAGCUGUUCCAGAGGCACCACUUGGCGCUGCUCUGGGAUGUUGUGGCAGACUGGCGCGCGCUUGUCCUCUCCGAGGCGCGCCUGCGCGCAGACCAGGAGAGGCAGACGCGCCACGAGGAGGAGCUCAGGCGACAACGGCACAGGGAGUGGCUUGCCCGUGGGAACACCGCGUCCUGGACCGCCGACAAGUUGUUCCAGAGGCACCUGUUGGCGCUGCUCUGGGAUGUCGUGGCGAAUUGGCGUGUGUUCGUCCUCUCUGAGGUGCGCUUGCGCGUGGAGCAAGAAAGACAGGCGCGCCACGAGGAGGAGCUAAGGCGCCAGAAGCACAGGGAGUGGACUGCGAGAGGGAAGGCCAUGUCCUGGACCGCCGACAAGCUGUUCCAGAGGCACCGGUUGACGCUGCUCUGGGAUAUCGUGGCGGACUGGCGUGCCUUCGUCCUGUCCGAGGUGCGUCUGCGUGGAGACCAAGAGAGGCAGUCUCGCAUCGAGGAGCAGCUCAGGCGGCAGAAGUAUAACGAGUGGAUCUCCAGGGGGAAAGCCGUGUCCUGGGCCGCGGCCAAGCUGCACGAGAGUCACCAGUUCUCCCUCCUCUUCGAGGCGCUGGCCGGUUGGCGCAGCGGCGUGCUGGUCGCACGCCAUGAGCGAGAGCGGCGUGCGCACGCUCGCCAGCAGGUGCAGAAGAUGGACAAGCAGAAGCACCGGGCGCUGGAGAGCAGGAAGCAGGCGCUCGAGCGGGCCACGCUGGCGAUCUGGAGGAGGAGCUCCCGGGCCGUGGUGCAGGACUGCAUCGUGGAGUGGGCCAAGAUGGCGGUCCGCGAACGCGCCGAGCGGCAGGUGCAGAGCACGCGGCAGCAGGUGGCAGACCAGCAGGAGGAGUUCAUGCGCAGAGAGCGACUGCAGAAAGCCCUUGCGACCAAACACGCCAUUGCGAAGCUGCUGGCAGAGAGCAAGACAACUGUGCUCAAGGAGUGUUUGGUCGAGUGGAGCAAGGCGGCAGUCGUCGAGCGGACCGAGCGCACGGCGCGCGAGGCGCGGCAGCAGCUCGAGGACCAGCUCGCCGAGCGUCGCCUGGCGGAGGUCCGCGACAAGGAUCGCAUACUGUUCAUGCUGUCGGAUGUGCACAGCACGCUGUCGCUGCAGCAAGUCAUGGGGGAGUGGAAUCGCUGCGCCGCAAUCGAGCGCAUCGAGAGGCAGCUGAGGGUGACACGAGAGCAGCACAAGACGGACAAACACAAGGCGGCCAUGUGGAUUGCAUGCAAUCAUGGUGCUCGUGCCGUUCUGCAGACCACCUGGGCCGAAUGGGUUGCGAACGUUCGGGCCGAGAUUGUUGCUAAGGAACAUCAGGAUGCACUGUCUCAGCACAAGCUGACUCUAUCGGAGCACCGCGAGGCGGCACUCAAGCACAGCAUGGAACGUGGGGAGCGUGUCGCCUUGAUGCUGGCAGAGAGGUGGAGGAGCGGCUUGCUUCAGGUGUGCGUGGCCAGUUGGCACAAGGAAGUCUUGGCGGCGCAAGCUGAGCAGCGCGGGCGCGACUUGGACCGGCAGCAUGCAAGGGAGCUCGAGCACCGAGCUGCGCAGGGGCGUGACAAGCAGAGGCUCAUGGGCGAGCGGGCAGUCGUGUCGCUGAUGGGGGCACACGCCCAGGCGUUGUUGCAGUAUUGUGUGCUGGAGUGGCGCAGGAGCUCGCAGGUCGCGAGGAACGCGAGCUCGCGCGCCGCGGCAGAGAACGCUUUGCGACAGGACGCGGCCGCGAAGCAGAGCAGCCUGGCACAGCGUGUGCGCGUGGCGGUUGCCCUUGUGGCGGAGUCCAGGAGUGGCAACGUGCUCCUCCAGGCGCAGAUGGCAUGCUUUCUCGCCUGGCGUGCCUUGGCCCGCCUCGAGGCCGCGGAGGCGAGCCAACUGCAGGCGCUGGAGGAGGUCCGCAUGCGCUUCGAGGAGGACGCACAGCAACUGGUGCGGGCGCAUGCGUUGCGCACGGACUUCUUGUCCAGGUGCGCGUUCAUGGCCAAGUCCAAGGGCGAGCGGGCGUUGUUGUUGCAGCUGUGCGUCUCCGCUUGGGGAGAGGAGGCCAAGGUAGGACGGCUCCGCUCGGCCAUGCACCAGGCCAGGGCGGGCCAUGAGGACGACCUCGCCCAGCUCGUCCACAGGCACGCAGAUCAGCGCCAUCACGCACGGCUCCAAGAGCAGGGUCGCUACCUCGACCUCCGCGAGAAAUUGAUGAAGUUGAGAGUCUUUGCCGCCUGGUCUCAGAUCCGGGGGGUUGAGAAGAAGAAGGUCGCUGACACGGCAAGAGUGAUGCGCUCCGAACACGAGCUUGCCACCAUGAAGGAGAGAACUACUAGGAAGGUGGAGCGGAUGACGGUCAGCAUGGGGGAGUUGGUCAGCAGGUUGCACCGCAGGUUCCUGGGCCAGCUCCUCCUGGCCUCCUGGAGGGCCGCCGCCGCAGCGGGGCUGACGGCCGCCGAGAUGGUGCGGCGGGCGGACCGGUACCGCAGCCAGCUGGCCGAGCAGCAGGAGCUGCUGCUCGGCGACCGCGACGCCGUGGCCGCGCGGUUGCACGGCGAGCUGGAGCUGGUUGGGCUCGAGGCCCACGUCCACCGCAUACUCGUGCAGUGGCACCGCGUGUCUAGCGAGAUGAGGUUCCUGCGAGGCCAGCGGCAGGAUCUGGCACAGCAGAGGCAGCAGUACGAGGCAGCGGUGAGGAGGCAGCAGCUCGACGAGCGCGACCGGCGCCACGGCUUCACGAGUCGCAGCGCCGCCUUGCUGGCGAUCAGGUCCCGCGGUAUACUGCUCAUGGGCUGUUUCCGUGCUUGGAGGGAGGGCCAGCUACGCGAGCGCCAUACCCUUGCAGUGGAGGCGCAUCGAGCUGAAGUGUUCCGCUUGAAGGAUGUAGCACACAAGGAGGCGCAGAAGGCCGAGAGUCGCCAGGAGAACGCGCUGCUCAACAUCGCUCAGCACUGCAACCAUGUGCGUGCAGCGAGCGCGGAGGAGCUCAUGAUGGUGCUCUGCUUUGGAGAGUGGCGCAGGGCGAACAUGGUGCUCAAGCGUGUCCAGCGACGGCAGGCGGCCGAGGCAAGGCAGGAAGCCAUCGGCCGAGUCGGCGAGGUGCUGGAUGUGGUGACGAGCAGUCUCGCACAGAAGCGCGAUUCCCUGGAGCUCUCAUUCUUCAUGGGGCAAUGGUGGCUGAUGGUCUGUGACGCGAAAAACCAGCGUACUCUGCAGCAGGUCAGGGACGAGAACGAGCAGCGGAUCAAGCAGAACCGGGCCGAGCACAUGGAAACAUUGGCUGUCUGGUUAGUGCGAGAGCAGACCCACGGCGUGGGCGCCAGGUGGUUCGCCGCGUGGCGGGGGGCGGCGACGGGCGAACGCUUGGAACGCGAGCACGAGGAGUGGCGCAACGGGGAGGCCCUCGAGGGCGAGAAAAACAUCGCGAUGCUGAGCGGUGCUCUGGAGGAUUCCCAGGACCGGCUCUUCCUGGUCAUGGCCAGGGUGCACGACCGCGUGAGGGCGCAGCGGUGCUUCUCUGCCCUCCACACGGCCGUGCUGCUCGCGAGGGCGGAGGCUUCCGGCAGAGAGAGGAUCGCCGCCAAGGAGGACGGCCACGCUGGAACGUUGGCGGAGCGGGCGAAAGCGAAGAGGCAGCACGCCCACAGGGUGGGCGCCUUCAUGGCCAGCAGCAUGACGAGGGUGCAAAGGCGUCAGCAGCUGACGCUCGUAGCCGCCGCCUGGCUGGCAGCUGCCAGGCAGGACCGCGAGGUGAGGCAGAAGGAGCAGUUCUCGAAGCUGCACAUCGUGGAGAAGACGCGCGCAGAGGAGAACGUCCUCAGGCUCAGCGCGUGCGUCGAUCGCUUCACGGACUGGCUCUGCCAGGUGGUGGUCGUGGCUUGGGCGGUGCGAUGCCUGUGGGCGUGGCGUGCCAGUAGCCACGCCUCGCUGGUGGACAGGAGGCUCGAGGAGGUGCGCGUCGAGGCGGACGGACGUGCCGUCGCCUUGAGGCGCAUGCAGGAGGAGGGCAAAGAAGCUGCCAUCUGGCGUGCAGGUGAAGUGCUGCACAAAGUCGACACGCAUGCGCUACUCAGGGUGGCCCUGUCUGCAUGGAGGCGGGUCCGCCAGAUCGUCCAAGAACGCAGGAGGAUGGACAAGUUGAAGCAGGAGCUGGAGCAGGAGUUGCAGCGGCAGCGCAGGCAGUUCAACGGCGCCCUCCACAAUGUGAGGAGCAAGUGGGAGGCUGGCCUCAUGAACCUCGCAGCCGAGGUAUCGAAGAGCAGCUUGCUCCGCUGCAUGGUGGGCUGGGCACAGCAGGUGCGCGUCUCGCGCACCGCCACGGAGGCGCGACGGUCGGUGGUGGACGUGCAGGAGCUGCUGCGCGACAGUGAGCAGAAACUCUUCCGCGCGGAGGCGAAGGCCAAGAAAAGCGAACUGUUGGUGCCGACCUCCUCAGCGGCGCUGCCUGACUUCAGCUCCAGGGCCGAUGCUCCAGGCCUUGCAAGCCAACUGGGCACGAAGCCACUGCCACUCCAGUGGGAGGCGUUCGCACCUGGCUCUGUGCCCGAUGCCGCCGCAGCCGCGGCCCCAGCUACUGGUGCUGUCGCAGCCGCUCAGCUACGGUGUGAAGGCGAGCCGGCGAGCCAGGGCUCCUCCGUCGGGGCCACGCUGGACUACCUGGCCCGCGCCCGCAGGCUGGUCGAGUCCGCGGGGCUGCCCGGCCAGCCGCCGCCUCCGCCGGAGCCCUCGGACGUGCAGGGCGCGGCGGCGCCCAGCGGCUCCGAGGCCACUCCUGGCCGGGGCCUCUCCCCGCGUGUUCGCGGGCAGGGCGCGGCGGCGCCGAGCGGCGCCGAGGCGCGGGGCACCAUCGCGGAGCAGGCGCGCCUGCAGGCGCAGCUGCACCAGCUGCAGCAAACCAUGGCGGGCAUCGAUCGGCGCGGCGCGGGGACGGCGGCCGGGCAGUAG